AAAAUCUGUCAACAAAUCAUCAAAAUUUGGUCAAAUUUCACCUCCCUCGCUCUCUCCAUAAAUUUGCAAAUGUUCCAACUUUCUCUUUCCCACCACACUUGACUCGUAAAAGCCACCGCUUUGACAGAAAAGAGAGAACCCAAUGCAAUCCAUGUAAAACACCUCCAUCCCCUUUUUCCGCUGUCACAAACGCCGUCUCCACCACCACCAUUACCGCGUAUCAAUUAAACCCAGAAUCAAAAAGUUUUGGUUGCUAAUAUUUUUUUAUCCAAUAUGGCCUCACUCCUUGAUACUACUCCACCUUCUACACCAGGCAAAUUCAAACCGGACAAAUCGUCAGCGUACCUUCAUCCGCACCAUCGCUCUCUCCGGUUACACUCUUCUCUCUCUAAACUCACUUUCUAUUCCUUUCUCUUUCUAAUUCUUUUUCUCUUCUUCUUUCUCCUUUCCUCUCCUUCUCCUUCCUCUCGCCACCAACCCAACACCUAUCCACCGGGCGGUCCUCUAUGGGAAAAAAAAGUAGUCAAAUCGGCGCGUCCCAAGUCGCGUGGUGGCCUGACCGUUCUAGUCACCGGUGCUGCUGGGUUUGUCGGAACCCAUGUCUCCGUUUCCCUGAAACGACGCGGUGAUGGAGUACUUGGGCUUGACAAUUUCAAUCAUUACUAUGAUAUUAAUCUCAAAAGAGCCAGGCAAAAGGUACUGGAGCGAUCUGGGGUUUUUAUUGUUGAAGGAGAUAUAAAUGACAUGACUUUAUUGAAAAAGCUUUUUGAUGUUGUGUUUUUUACCCAUGUUAUGCAUUUAGCUGCUCAAGCUGGGGUGCGUUAUGCAAUGCAGAAUCCAAAAUCUUAUGUUCAUAGUAAUAUUGGUGGGUUUGUCAAUUUGCUUGAAGUAUGUAAAUCAGCUAACCCACAACCUGUAGUUGUUUGGGCGUCUUCUAGUUCAGUUUAUGGGCUUAAUUCGAAAGUACCCUUUUCAGAGAAAGAUAGGACUGAUCAGCCUGCGAGUUUAUAUGCAGCAACUAAGAAAGCAGGAGAGGAAAUUGCUCAUACUUAUAAUCAUAUUUAUGGUCUUUCAAUUACUGGGUUAAGGUUCUUUACUGUUUAUGGUCCAUGGGGCAGACCUGAUAUGGCUUAUUUCUUUUUUACCAAGGAUAUUCUAAAGGGGAAGGAGAUUGGUGUCUUUGAAACUGCUGAUGGAAGAAGUGUGGCUAGAGAUUUUACUUACAUUGAUGAUAUUGUUAAUGGUUGUUUGGCAGCUCUGGAUACUGCAAAGAAGAGUACAGGAAGCGGAGGGAAGAAGAGAGGGCCAGCUCAAUUCAGGGUUUUCAAUUUGGGGAAUACUUCCCCUGUUCCUGUGAGUAGGCUUGUUGGGAUUUUAGAGAGCCUUUUGCAAGUUAAAGCUAAGAAAAAAGUGUUGCCUUUGCCUAGAAAUGGGGAUGUGGAGUUUACACAUGCUAAUAUUAGUUUGGCACAGAAGGAUCUAGGAUAUAAGCCUACUACUGAUUUGGAGACGGGGCUUAAGAAGUUUGUGAGAUGGUACCUCAGUUAUUAUUCAGGGUCAAAGAAGAAGACUUCUUCAUGGACACAGAAACUUGAGAAGAAAACAUGGCGAACCUACUGAACAAUAUAAUAGGGAAGUAAAGAUUGCAAAUACCAAUACUAUAAAUUUCACUUCUUUUUCUUGUCAUUUCUUGAUUGCAUCACUACGUAGAAAUUUAUGCACUGACUGAUGAUUUCACUUGGUUUUCAGUUAGAUAUUGUAUCUUUUCUUCUCUAUUUUUUGCACAUCAGCUAGAUUUAAUAACUCCGUUCCUGUAUUUGUUGAUCAGACUAAGCCAAUAAUAACAGAAGCAAUAUGAUUUUCCCAAAAGAACAUCUUUCAGAAAAGAGAUAGGUGACAGCAGCUCACUAUUUUGAGGUUUUGGUGUUUUUGCAAUCCUGGAAUUAGGAAUCACUAAGCAAGUAGUCUCAAUUUAGUUUGAAUAUAUUGUUAGUUACACAAGCUUUUUGUUAAGUAUUUAUGUCUUUAUAAUGACACGAGUUUAUCUCAAAGUUUGCAUUUCCA